UGUAGACACGCAGUCUCUCUCUCUUUCUCACACACACACACACACACACACACACACACACACACACACACACUCAAAACGAACCACCUCGUCCGACAAGAAAUGGAGUAGUGUGGCUCCCUUUUUCCGCCAUUAAUGCUCAGACAUAAAGAUGGCAUCCCCUCAGCCCGCUAGCCCGCCUUUCACUCCAGCACAAGACGAGGAGAGUCAACAAGAGGAGGCAGCCGCCGAUCCGCCUGUGAAAAAGCGAGGCCGGGGUCGUCCCCCGAAAUCCAAACUAUCAUUCAAGUGCUCGUCAUGCGCAGAGUUCUUCAGAAGCGUGUCUGCACUGCGCAGCCACAGGGUUUCAGCCCACGUGAAGGAGCACACGUGCACACAGUGCACCAAAACCUUCUCCAGCAAGGCGCAACUCUCCAAACACGUCAACACCCACUCGGCCCAGCGACCCUUUCAGUGCCCGAACUGCCACAAGGCGUACAAGACCCCCACCGAGCUGCGCAACCACAGCCGCUCUCACACCGGAGAGAAACCGUUUGUAUGCACCGAAUGCGGCAAGGCCUUCAUGCAGGCCAUUUGCCUGAAGAUCCAUAUGACGCAGCACAGCGGCGAGCGCCCGUACUCGUGUCGCCAGUGCUCCAAGAGCUACCCCACUUUGUCCAAACUCAAGGUCCACAUGCGCACUCACACGGGAGAGAAGCCGUACUUUUGCGGCGAAUGCGGCAAGAGUUUCGCCGACCCCUCCGUGUUCCGUAAGCACAGACGGAACCACCAGGGUCAUCGUCCGUACGCCUGCAACGAAUGUGGCAAAACCUACACGGAGCUCAAGGACUUGAAGAACCACGAGCGCUCCCACACCGGAGAGAAACCGUUCCUGUGCUCCGACUGCGGCAAGGCCUUCUCGCGCUCGUCUUCUCUGGUCUGCCACCAGCGCAUCCACUCCCAGAACAAACCGUACCGCUGCGAGCAGUGCGGCAAAGGCUUCACGCAGCUGUCCUCCUACCAGUCUCAUCUCCGCACGCACUCCGGAGAGAAGCCCUUCCUGUGUCCGCAGUGCGGCAAGAUGUUCUCCGACCCGUCCAGUUUCCGGCGGCACCAGCGAGCCCACCUCGGAUUCAAACCCUACCCCUGCGAUAAAUGCUCGAAAAGAUUCCGGCAGCCGGCGGAUUUGGCCGUGCACGAACGGGUUCACUCCGGAGAGCGGCCUUAUAAAUGUCAGAGCUGCGACAAGGCCUUCGUGGCGUCCUGGGACCUGCGGCGCCACAUGCUGGUCCACACGGGUCUGCGACCCUUUUCCUGCACAGAGUGCGACAAAUCGUUCACGGAACGCUCCAGCCUCAACAAGCACCGCCGCGUCCACUCGGGCGAGCGUCCUUUUAAAUGCGGCGAGUGUUUGAAGUCGUUUGUGGUGUCGUCCAGCCUGCGCAAGCACGAGAGGACUCACGUGUUGGAGCAGCAGCAGCAGAGACAAGAACCGGAGGAGGCAGCGGGCUUCAGCAGCCACACCACCCUGCCGCAGUUCUCCUGCACUCACUGCGACACCACCUUUGGCACAUGGGAUGAAGUCCAAGUCCACGAGAACCUCCACGCCAUGGACCAAGCUCCUCCGAGCGCGGGGAAGACGGCGGGCUUGCACACGUGCGGGACCUGCCAGGCUGAGUUCACGCAACCGGGAGACCUGCAGGAGCACGAGAAGCAGCACCCGAAGCCCAGGCCUCACGUGUGCCCCAGCUGCGGCAAAGGCUUCCUGAACCGCGCCGGUCUUCGCAAACACCAGAAGAUCCACUCGAGCAGCAAACCUCACAGUUGCUCCCACUGUGGGAAAGCCUUCCUGUUCCCCGCCUACCUACGCAAGCACUUACGGACUCACCAGGCCACAUCGCUCAAAGACCUGAACAUCAUCCACACUGACCCGCUGCCCUCGCCACCGCCUAAUGAGUCGCCCCCCGGCGCUGUGGAGGCCAGCGGCGUCGCUCUCACGGUCCCUGCCACCGUGUCUGCUGCCGGUUUUCAGACGCUACCAGACUACUUGAUCAAGGAAGAAGGACUUGACACGUGCUCAAGUGCCCUCAAAUAGUUUGAGGGCCACAAUAAUAGUCAUUAUUGUGGUGUUGAUCUUUUCAAAUCCAUAACUCGACUUCUCACCAGAAUUAAGUUUUUGUACAAAAAAAGGACGCUUAAUAUAAGAUGACAAUCUCCUUGUUUGGAAAUCAGGUGAAAAUGUGUGAAAUAACGGUAGUACUUCAUAGCGCCAAAACACAGCCAUUACGUUUUUACAUUGGAGAAAAUCAUAUCAAGUAUUGAUAAUGAAACAAGUAAAAUAUUCCAGAGAAAAUUCAAUACUUUUUUUUUUAAAUAACAUGUUUUUCAGUGUCAAGGCUUCAUAUUUCACCUUCAUCUCUGUCUUUCUCCAACGACACGUUUUGGCACAAGCGGCUGUGGGAAUCGACUCAAGGCUUCAUUGAUUAUCACGAUCUAAUUUUAGCAUCAUAACUCCUCCUAUGUUAUUUGCUAAUGUUGACAGGCACUUUUUCCAGUCGGUCUGUGUAUCAGGACCUCAUGCUAAGUCACUGAUGUGUGUGUGAGUGACAGGUUGAAAAGCUCUGGCUCCUGUGCAUACAGUAUGUAAAUAUGUACAUUUCCAAAUCCUGUCUUUUUCACAGUUUUUUUUUCUUAUAAUUGUGUCUAGUCAUAAUCAUAAAAGAUUGCACUUUCAGCUUUCCAACUUUUUCUAUGAUUUCUUACUAAAUAUUUAGUAAACAUUGUGUUGUAUUAACUUCCUAUUUACACAUAUGUUGUAAGUCCGUCUUUGUACAUUUACUUGUUUUACUGUGGAAGUAUUGAUAUUGACUAUCAUCUGGAAGAUUAAAAAAAAAAAAAGAUUAUUCAACAAGAGGAUAAA